GAGCCAGGAGAUUUCCCGGCUGGUGGAGCAGGCCAGGCAGCCUCUCGCACUGCGGUCCGAGGAGCUUUCAGUACUGGUCUGGAGCUUCGCAAGCCUCUCCGUGGACAACCCGGCCGUCGAUCGCAUCCUGAAUGCCGUGGAGCAGUUGGGCUUCCAGAACUUCCGGACAAGUGACUUGGCCAGGCUCUCCUGGUCUCUGACUAGCCUUAGAAGGGCGAGGGCGAGCACCAUGCUGGAAGAUCUCCAGAAGGAGUUUUUGCAUCGGCUAAGACGUGAAGGUGUUGAUGCAGACUCUGCGGUCUCUGCAUUGACGCUUCUCUGGAGUGGUUCCUUUGCCGGAUGGUUGCCAAAAUGGAGAGCCUUGGAGAUGGAAGGUUCGCUGGCGCAGUUCGGGAGGUCCUGCGACCAGACUGCCCGGGCCCGCACCCCUACCCCUGCGGCAUCCGUGGCACCGCUCGCCGUGGCUGUGGCUGGAGGAGAAGGAGCAGGAAGGAGAGAGCCCCAUCUGGUGCUUUCUCUGGCUGACCUCGCUGUGGUGCAGAAGCCUCCGGAGUGGCAGGUGGAUGACGGAGAGGAUUCUGAACCAAACGAGCAUCAGAGGGGUCUACUCUCAGCCUAUCUGCAGGCAUUGUUUCCAAGAUGCCGCAAGCUCUUCACGAACCUCGAGCGCAGCCGGGGAUUCCUACACCGCCUGGACGUGCCAAGCUCCGGCCUGAUCCUGGUGGCCAAGUCGCAUGAAGCCUGGUAUCGCUUGAAGGUGCAGGCAGCCUGUGGUGGAAUUCGGCGUGACUACAUCGCCCUGUGCCACGGCUGGAUGAGUGCUGGUCGACAGGAAAUUUCAGCGCGAGUUCACUGGUGGCCGGAUGGCAGGAGGGGGCCAAGCCAUGUACGGAAAAGCGGGCGGCUUGCAAAGACAAUGCUCAAGGUCACGGAGUUGCGCAGGACCGCUGCGAGAGGUUUCAGCCUGAUCGACAUCCGGAUUCUGACCGGGCGUAUGCACCAGAUCCGGCUGCACACGGCACACGUGGGCCAUCCCACGGUCAGAGACGGGAAGUAUACGCCCAAUGCGACCUUUCAGGAAGAUGCCAGCUGGUGCCCAGAGCACUUUCUGCACCGGUACUCUUUGGCUUUUGUGGACAUGUCAAAGCGGCAGCACGAGGUCUUCGAGCCGUUGGCCAAGAGCUUGAAGGAAACUCUAAGGCAGCUUGGCCAUGCCAGGAGGAUCAUUCCGCCAGGUACAUAA